AUGCAAGAAGAACAAAUUGAUGAUAUUCAAAAUAUAGAAUUAAUAAUUGAUGAAUAUAAAGAAUCUUUAUUUGAUAGACUUAGUUUUACUCAAAAAAAUAUUAAUAUCAUCCAAAAUAUAUUAUCAGAAAUGAUGGGAUAUUAUAAAACUGAAGAUGAAAAAAAAAUUUUUUUAGAAUUAACAGUUGAAGUAUUAGUAAAUAGUAAUAUUGAUGUUGAUGAUAUAGAAGACGAUUCUAUUAGAAAUAU